AUUAUCAAAGCAAGGAUAUAUCAAAAAGAAGCUUUUGCUUUGGGGCUUUGGUGUUAAUUUCUAUUGCAAUUUGCAAACCAGAGCUUGAAUUCUUCGCUCUCUUGUGCUUUCUUUCUUAGCUUCUUCUUUGUUUCUUGUUCUUGUUGGUUAAAGGACUCCCCUCUUCAUAAUUGAAUUGUCAAAGAAAGACAUCAUCAUGUCGAGCUGCAUCGAUGCUGUGCCUGAGCAACUCUGCUACAUCCCCUGCAACUUUUGCAAUAUUGUUCUCGCGGUGAGUGUUCCAUGCAGCAGUCUAUUGGACAUCGUGACCGUCCGAUGUGGGCACUGCACCAAUCUGUGGUCCGUGAACAUGGCCGCUGCCUUUCAGUCACUGUCCUGGCAAGAUGUCCAGGCACAACACAACCAUAACGCACAGAAUUACCGGAUUGAUUCGGGUUCAUCAUCCAAAGGCAACAAGAAGAUUGCAACCAGAGACUCCAUUGCAGAUCAUCGUGCCACUGAGGAAAGGGUCAACCGACCUCCGGAGAAGAGGCAGCGCGUACCCUCUGCUUAUAAUCAGUUCAUAAAGGAGGAGAUUCAGAGGAUCAAGGCCAAUAACCCUGAUAUUAGCCAUAGAGAAGCUUUCAGCACUGCUGCCAAAAACUGGGCGCACUUCCCUCAUAUUCAUUUUGGGCUGAUGUUGGAGACCAACAAUCAAGCUAAGCUGGACAAUGGCUCUGAGAAACAUCUUAUGUCGAGGGCUGCAGUACUAAAAUGAUCACCGUCAUGAUGAUUCUGGCCACAUAAGCAGUGAUCGAAGGAUAUCAAAGUUCUUAGUACAAGAACUGCCUUGACCCUCAUAUUCUUCUUCUUUUUCUUCUUCAUAUGUUUUCAGUACCUGUCACCAGUUAUGCUUAGAGGAUUGUUUCUACUCGACUUUAACGUGAAGCAUACCCUAUGUACUUCAAUAUAUUACUUUGUCAUUCUAAUUCAUCAAGGCUUGUUUUGCUUUCCU